AUGAUAGCUUUCUUUCUUUCUUUCUUUUUUCUUUCUUUCUUUUUUCUUUCUUUCUUCGGGUCUUCUUUUUUUCUUUCUUUCUUUCUUUCUCUCAUUCUUUUUUUCUUUCUUCUCCCUUUACUUUUUGACGCUUCUGUUGACGAAUUUAAGGAGGUCAGUGCUGGCUUCUUCAUAAACAACAAUCCACAAACACAAGCCACCUAUUUGCGAAGAGAGAAGUUAUGUAUACCUGUCUGCCUUCUCCGACCUGACUUUAUGAUUUGUGUUAUUGAUUGUGAAGAUGGAGGAAAUCGCUAUGAAGAUUGCCAACACAAUCAGGCCAAGGAAAUCGAUGCUACAUUUCUUUUUCAUAGUAUCUAUUAUCUCAUCUUACUCCUCCUCUCUCACUCACACAUAUAUAUUCACACACACGCGCACACACACACACACACACACACACACACACAUCUAUCUAUCUAUCUAUCUAUCUAUCUAUCUAUCUAUCUAUCUAUCUAUCUAUCUAUCUAUCUAUCUCUCUCUCUAUAUAUAUAUAUAUAUAUAUAUAUAUUAUUUACUGCUGUAUCUCUCUCUCCCUCUCUCUCUCUCUAUCUAUCUAUCUAUGUAUCUAUCUCCCGAAACUAA